GUUGGUUUUAUUUUAUUCCCUGAACUAUAAUUUUGUUAUAGAUUUUAUUUAUCAAUACCUAACUAUAUGAUGAAUAAAUGUAAAAUAAAACUGUCAGUAUUCAGCAUUUCACAAAACUGAAAUAUGCAUCGCAAUAUCAGAAACGAUAGCAUAUGGACAUAGCAAGGAAAUUAUACUUCGAUGUUUUGGCAGCAACAUUAUCAUAUAUUAACUGUUGAAUUUAAUGAUUAAAUGACAAAAAUAAUUAAAAGACGGGUACUUUAAAUACCAAAAAAACAUGUUCGCCUGGCCGGACGUAAAAAAAAACACCACUUUUGCGAAUUACCAAAUCGUGUUUUAAAGAAUCCUAAGCUGUAAACAAUACUGGAAAAACUAUUUUGAAACUUUUAUUUUAUAGAGUUAAUUAUUUAUUUGUGUCGCACUGGUACCUGACGGCCUUGGUAAGUUUUUUAGAUUUUAGGUGAUGUCGGGCAGAUUUUACUUUUUUAAACGGUCGCCCCUGGUCUGAUCAUGUCAAUGCUAAUACUCAGAUGUCCUUCAUUUCAUUUACAACGGUUAGUGCUCGCGGAUGACAUUACACACAUUACAGUACUAGUGAAAUAAGUGUUCUCCGCCGCAUAAUAGACUUCUUAGCAAAUCCAGAUUAUUAUUUUCCAUUGUUUAAAUACAUUUGUAAUACUAUAGAAAAUAUAUAAAUAUGUAGGUAUAUAGCUAUUCUACAAAUGGUAAAUAUUAUAAAAUGUAUUGGCUGAAGGACUUGUAUCCAUGGCUAUGAAUAAAUAAUUAAAAAAAAUAUAUGUCAAUGUCAAUAAAUAAUUGUGUUGAAAUCAAGUUGAAAUGUUGAAUGAAUAGUAGUGUUUUUGUUCUUCCUAUCUUCCCUACCUACUGAUCAUAAUUUGCAAAAUGUAAAAGAAAAGUAAGUCUUUCUUUUAAGCUUUAUUAUUAAAAUGAGUUGUAAUGACAGAAGAUGGAGUAGCAGAAUAACUAUGAAGGCCCUGCAAUCGUCGCAAAAUGAUGUUGUCUGCCUACGCCAGGUUUAUUGUUCGCCAUUCCUUCCUGAUUCUUCUCAUCGUAAGUGUGAUUUCAACAAUACUCACCGUCAUUCCAUUAAUUUGUCAUACCCUGCCAUCGUUUUCCGAUCCUCUAGUGGGUUUCGAGACCCGAGGAACUACCUUGGCACAUCGGUUUAUAGCCUGGGAAAACCUUAUUGAUGAAACAAGACCUUCCCGAAGAUUGGCUGUUAAUCCCAAGGAAAUCGAAGACCAGAUACGUAUGAAUCAAACAUACUACAAUAGAGCAAAGCAAGACAAACCUAGGUCGGGUCGUGGCCACAAGAACAAAAUUCGUAAAAAGAAGAAAAAAAUCCUUAAUAAUAGUACUGGUAUUGAAAAAAUUUGGUACAAUUCUUCAGAAUCAAACAUAUCUAAUGGUCAUGUUCAUUGGGGCUAUGGAAGAAAUGUAUCAUUUGAAGAUGACAACACUGUAUUUAGUAAAGAUCACACUCGAAGACAAUGGAUAUCACUGAGAGAUAUGCAACGAAGACCAGACAAAUCGGUACAUCUCAAUUAUGCCUCUGGAACAUGCGGUCCUCCUGUUUCUGACUAUGCCCAUUUGGUUGUUACUAGUUCUGAUAACUCAUCUUUGCUUACAUAUGAUAAUGUAAAUAAAAUGUGUAGAUUGCAAAAUUUCCUUGUAGAAUUAGGUGGGUCUGAAUAUUAUAAACUUUGUGAAAGGUCAACACAUCCUGAAGAAUUGUGUUGCCCUAUAUGGAGUGUGCCAAAUUAUAUAGCUUUAAUGUCUGGCAAGAGUUCUUGUGAAAAUUUGACUAGGGAAGAUGUAAAUAAGACUGUUAACAUAUUGAAAAAAUGUGCUGGUUAUUUUCACAAUUUUACAUUAAUGGCAUCAUGUGACUUAAAUCGCUGUAAAGUUCCAAAAUAUUGUUCUCAAUAUGAUGCAGUAUAUAACUUACUAUUUUAUUUAAUAGAUUCAGAUGCAUUCUCUCCUGAUGAUAAUACUCAAACAUUUGUUAGCAACUCUAUGAUCUUUCUCCCGUUGCCAUAUAGUGUUACUUCACUACCAUUUUAUAUGAAAUUACAAAGUUCAAAUUUAUCUUAUGAUACUCUUGUUAUACCGGCUCUAGAUUUUGGAAUCAAAAAUGCUCUAUUUGAUGUAUUGUUAAUCCAAGAUACUUGGCUAAUAGGGUUAGGGGGUGUUUUUGUAUUUAUUGGUGUAUGGUUUUACACUCACUCUCUCAUUCUUACUUUAUUAUUAUUUACAGCUAUAGCAUAUUCUCUGGGAAUUGCAUACUUCUUGUAUGUUUAUGUGUUCAAUUUGGAGUUUUUUCCCUUUAUGAAUUUAUUAGUAAUAGUUGUUGUGAUAGGCAUUGGAGCUGAUGAUGCUUUUCUUUAUGUAAAAGUUUGGAACACAGUCAGUAAACAGCUUAUUAGGGAUAACAUUAUCGCUCAAGAUAACUGCUUAAAUGACAUAAAGAAUUUGUCAAGCGCAGGGGAAACUAUUCUUGUGCAAAUACUUGAGGAAACUUUGAAGCAUUCAGUUGUUACAAUGUUUAUUACUACAAUAACAACGGCUGUUGCAUUUUAUGCCUCCUAUGUAAGUUACAUUCCAGCUAUAAAUUGUUUCAGUGUAUUUGCUGGGACAGCGGUUCUAGUCAACUUUUUACUAAUUAUUAGUUGGUUGCCAGUGUCAGUUUACAUUAUAGAUGUUAAAAUGUGUGCAGGCAAAAUAAAGUUGUUUGAUGUAAUCUAUAAAUCUAUUGGUGAUGUUUGGGAAGAUAUCAUUGUUGUUUUGAAUAGGUUCAUUAUUACAUGUGUAAUUAAACUACACAUAGUGUAUGUUAUAGUAUUGGGUGCUAUAGGAAUUGGAAGUAUCAUUGUAGUAUUUUAUACUCCAGGGUUGAAACUACCAGAAUCUAGAGAAUUUCAGCUUUUUCAAACUAGUCAUCCUAUGGAACAAUAUGAAAUGAAUUACAGAGAUAAUUUUCUGUUUGAAAGAUUUGGUAAAGACAUAGGUACAGGCAGUAAAAUGCCUCUCAGAUGGGUUUGGGGAGUAAAGGCUAUUGACAAUGGGAACCACAUGAAUCCUUAUUCUACAGGUCACUUAAUAUUUGAUGAUAGCUUUUCGAUUUCAGAUCCUGAAUCACAAUCAUGGUUACUUAAGUUUUGUAUGAGAUUAAAAGCCCAACCUUUUUAUCAGCAAACUUUAGGUCCAUUACUUCCAAAUUGUUUUAUUGAAAGUUUUAAAAGGUAUAUGGACCGAAUUUGCAUUGAUGAUAUUGACAAAAUUAACAGAACACCAUGCUGUGUAACAUCGCAAUUUCCUUAUAAAAAGGAGGUCUUUAAUUACUGCAUAAUAAAAGCUAUGGAAUCAUUAUACUUAACUCCACGUGAAUUGUUUAUGCCUGGAGUAGCUGGUCCCAAAUUUUUAAGGAGUGCUACACCUCCUACAGUAGUAGCUUUAGUAGUAGAAUUUGAAAGUGUUGUACCUUACACAAUGUCUUAUAUUACUAUGGACAAUUUCUUCCUACAUGUGGAAAACUGGACACAAGAAGAAUUAAAAUCGGCACCACCUGGAAUGUCCUGUGGCUGGUUUUUGUCAGAUUUACAAUUUUAUGACCUACAGAGAACAUUAGCUAGUGGAACUGUAAUUGCACUUUUGCUAUCUGCAAGCUUAGGAUUUGUAGUUCUUAUUCCUGCUACUUUGAACUUUAUCGUUAGCGUUUGUGCUUUAACUGCUAUGAUAUUUUCGUCCACCGUGACAAUAGCAAUUCUAGUAUUGAAUGAUUGGAAACUAAAUGUGUUAGAAAGCGUAGCUAUAUCAACUUCGGCUGGUUUAGCUGUGGAUUUUAGUCUUCACUAUGCACUAAGCUUUACGAAUGCUAGCGGUUCAAGGACGUCUAGAGUUAAAUAUGCUCUUUCGGCAUCUGCGGGUCCGACAUCUGCAGCAGCAUUAACAACGGGUUUUGCCGGAAUUUUUCUUCUCCGUUCGAAUCUCCUUCCUUAUUCUCAAAUCGGAACUUUCUUAGCUUUAAUUAUGUCUGUUAGUUGGGUUUAUGCUACCUUUUUCUUGUGUUCACUGCUUCAUAUAUUUGGAAGGAACUCUUCAAAGGAAUCUCCAUCAGAUGAACGUAAAUCAGUUUCGCGGGUGAGUUCCAUUUGUUCGGGGAUACCAAAUUUAGAAAGCCACGAACUCGAACAUUUGGCUGACAGCAAUCGCACAAAUCUUACUCAUUCUCAAAGUCCAUCCAGCGUUAGCGCCACCACGGUCGUAUUACAUGAGGAUUAUGAAAAUGCACACAAUAAAAGUGAACACAAAUCUAGUAGUAAUGUUAAUAUAACUUGUGACAAUGACUGAAUGUUAGGUCUAAUUCUAACAGGUAAAUUUUGGAGUAUUUAUAGUAACUAAACAGUAUUAUUGUACUAGAUAAUUAUUUGUAUUUGUAAGCUGAUAUAAGUAUUAAACUGUUACUGAAAGUUGUUUUGUUAGUUUUUGCUAAAUACAUGCAUUUAUAUAUUUACGACUUUAACAAUGAUUAUUCUUUUGUAAAUAUUAUUGUGGUUUUGAAAUAUUCCGGUAUUGACUCUGAGGAAUGAUUAUUAUGACAAUAAUUAUCACAUAAAUAAUUCAUAUUCGACAAUAUAAUAUCUAAACGAGCUUAGCUUGGGCAUUAUAUCUAUUACUUUUUUGUUAGGUAAUUUGAAUUUUAGUUAUUCCCAGUUGAUAUUAAUUAUGUAUCUACAUAGAAAUAAGUCUGUAGAUUGAGUAAUAAAUAAUAAACAACUACAAUAAAUAAAAAGCAAAUUUGACAGUAAUUUUUUACCCGGAAUCAAUUUGAUUGUUGUUUACUUUUGUUAGGUAUGCCAUUUACUGUUUUGGAUACCUUAAUUUUGAAUCUCACAUCUUGCUCAGUAUUAGGCAUUCAGUAUUGUACCUUAUAUAUUAUAUAAAAUAGACAUUUAAAUUGUAAGAUAACAUGAUUGUCAAUUUAAAAUCACAAUUACUUGUUAUAUUAAUUAAAUGUCACCAAGGAAAACAUUUAUUAGCUAGUUACUUACAUCUUUUUUUGUACAAUGUUAUGGUUUGCAAAAUACCUUAAUUGUUACUGAAUUAUUAUAAUUAUAGAACUCUGGUUUCAUAUAACUUAUAACGUGACCUGUUAAUUCAAAGCAGAACAGUUUCAGGCGAUACUAUAGCGUGUAUUGAGGGUGGUGAUCCGGCUCGAAGGACCAAAACUAUUGAGGGUGCUGAUCCG